AUGGCAGCACAGUCAAAGCCCCCUCUUCCUCCCAGGACACCUUCAACCGCUUCCAAUGGCCACGCCGGCUAUCUCUCGCCCUUAAUCAGUCCAAAUUCUAACUCAUCUGUCUAUCUCGGUGGAUUAGAUGAUCCACGAGCUUCAUCAACCCAGUCGCUCCAACCUGUCAAAUCAGUUGGUGACAAGCGCCGUACGUUGCUCGUUGUCUACAUUCAUGGCUUCCUCGGUACCGAGACCAGCUUCAAGAGCUUCCCGGCUCAUGUUCAUAGCCUCUUGACACCCGCUGUGGCUGGAACGCAUGUUGUAUAUACGAAGAUCUACCCUCGAUACAAGUCGCGGAGGAAUAUUUCCUUUGCCCGAGAUGAUUUCAGCAAUUGGUUAACCCCUCGUGAAUCGACCACGACGGAUGUGAUAUUGGUCGGCCACAGCUUGGGGGGAAUCCUUGCCGCGGAAGUGGUCUUGAUACCCUCCCAGUCUCCUCGAGAGAACAACAGUCUCUUCCAACAUCGUAUUCUUGGACUCAUGACCUUUGACACACCAUUCCUGGGUAUGCAUCCGGGGGUAGUGGGUACUGGUAUUGCCAGCUUAUUUCGGGCCCCUCCCCAACUCCCAGAUCCUCAACCACUGCAAUCAAGUCCCUUCUCAGAUGCGUCGUCAACGCUUCAAGACCCAACAUACAACCCGACGUAUUCCAACGACGUUCUCUUGGCUAACAGGAAAGGCAAACUGCAAAGAGCCUGGUACUUUUGGAACAAGCACUGCGGAGAAUUGGCAAAAGCAGCCGGAGACUAUGUUUCUUCUCACCUAGAAUUCGGUGGGUGCCUUGCUGACUAUCCGGGCCUGAAGAGGCGCUACAGUGCAAUUCGUGCUUUAGAAGACGUCGACGAGACGGUGGAAUCAAGGACGCCCGAAGGAAAGCUGAUGAAGCGGGUGAGGUUUGUCAAUUACUAUUCAGCAAGCAGUGGGCCUAUCAGAGAGAGAUCGCCUUCUCCAAAUAAACAGCAAGCUUCAUUGGAACCACCCACAACGGAAUUUCAGGAUACGUCCACACGACGAUCGUCCGGAGAAAGUCUUCAUCCCUCGACCCUCUCGAGCCCGCGACUGUCUCUAGAAGAGCAUCGUGAUGGCGAGGUCGUUGCAAAAGAUGUGGCCGAGCUCAAGAUCAACCCAGACCCACCAGCUUGUACUCCUGUCUCAAGCACAAGCGAACACACUUCAAUUUCGGGUUCACUCAGCGAGAGCCUCCACGUGGCAGAAGCCGUUUCUACUGAGUUAGGGUUGCCACCACUCCCAGCAUUGCCAGAGCGACCGCCGGAAUUUGAUGCCAGUCAGUAUCAAGACGAAGAUACCCUCAAAUUGGUUCGAAAGGAGCAUAAGCGGCAAAUACAGGCAUAUGAAAGGGCAGUUAAGGACUGGAACAAAUCGGUCAAGGAUCGCGAAAAGCUGCUGCAAAAACGCCAGCGAAAGCAGCAGGAACAGGCUUCAAAGAUCGCCACAGAGCAAGAAAGCCGGCAGCAAAAGGAACAGCUCGAAACAUCCUCUACACUGAACCCAGAGGAGUAUGAGAGGCAACUGCGGCAAGAAGCGGAAGUCUCUGGGGCUACGCCGCAAAACGGAAAAGCCCAGAAAGAUCGCAAGUUUUGUGCUCUUCCAGCGAAGGAUCCAAACACAGGCAAGCAAGACCCAACUUGGGUUAGGAUAUAUAUGGGGGGAAUCGACGAGGUGACCGCACACACUUCGAUGUUCAAUGAAUCAGAAACCUAUACAAAACUCGUGAGAGAUGUGGCUGAGAGAAUUGAGACAUGGGUCGCUGAAGAUGCGUCCCUACGGACAGUUCUCGCGGGGAUGGAGCCAUGA